AUGAAUGCUUAUGCAAAAAUAACGGGCGGUUUGAUUGAAACGGCUUCUAUCUAUCUAUCUAUCUAUCUAUCUAUCUAUCUAUCUAUCGUUUUUUCAUGUUUUCAAAUCUUGCUCUUUUUACUCCAAUAUUUAUAUCACCUGUCUGAAAAUGUUUUGCAUCAUGAUCUCUGUUCGUUUUCACUAUCUAUAUAUCUAUCUAUAAACCUAUUUAUCUAUCUAUCAUUUUGUCUGCCUGACUAUCUAUCUAUCUAUCUAUCUAUCUAUCUAUCUAUCGUUUUGUUUUUCUCUGUCUAUCUAUCUAUCGACCGACCGUUUUGUCUUUCUGUCAGCCUAUCUAUCUAUCUAUCUAUCUAUCUAUCUAUCUAUCUAUCUAUCUAUCUAUCUAUCUAUCUAUCGAUCGAUCGAUCGUUUUGUCUUUUUAUCUAUCUAUCUAUCUAUCUAUCUAUCUAUCUAUCUAUCUUUCUAUCUAUCUAUCUAUCUUUCUUUCUUUCUUUAUGCAGUAUCUAG